CCCGCCUACCUGCGGGCCACACGAGCCCGACCGCGCGGGAGGGAGCACUUCCUCCCGACGUACCACUUCCGGUCCCCGGGAGCCAAUGGGGGUGCGGCCGCGGGGUUCCGCCUUCGCCCGGGUCCGCGCCGCGUGGCGUCCGUGGCAGUGGAAUUAAACACGAAGCUGCUUUUUUAGAGAAUGGUGACACACUGGUUGGAAUGAUUCCAGUAGCCUACCUUACAAAACACUUCAGAUUCAAAGAAUUCCUUUGUAAAAGACCACAAGCUGCUCCCUGCAGGCCUGGCAUCUCUUGCUCGGCCUCACCGGCCUUAACCUUCUCCCAUCUCAGUCUCUUGGAGAAUGGUGCCAGAACAUGAGACUGGCAGGGUCAGGACGGGCAUCAAGCAUCAGCGGGACCCAGCCCCUCCAGCACAGCCCUUGGGAGGAUGCCCAGGGGCUGGCAGAUGCCCUGAUUUCCCUGUAGGGCCCCAGACAACAAAGGAGGUUCUGGAGUCUUCCAUUUAGAUCAACAACUUCAGGUUCUUCCCAUGGCCAACUCAGAGAAGACGGAAGUGGUUCUCCUUGCUUGUGGCUCCUUUAAUCCGAUAACCAACAUGCACCUCAGAUUGUUUGAGCUGGCCAAGGACUAUCUGAGUGGGACAGGAAAAUAUAAUGUUGUCAAAGGCAUCAUUUCUCCGGUGGGCGACGCAUAUAAGAAGAAAGGACUCAUCCCUGCCCACCACCGAGUUGUCAUGGCAGAGCUGGCCACCAAGCACUCAGAAUGGGUGGAAGUCGAUACCUGGGAGAGCCUUCAGAAGGAGUGGGUGGAGACCGUGAAGGUGCUAAGGCACCAUCGAGAGAAGCUGGCGGCCAGCCACUGCGGUCAGCAGCAGAGCUCCCCUGUGCCGGAGAGGCCUGGGCGGAAGAGGAAGUGGGCGGACCAGAGACCAGACUCCAGGCAGAAGAAACCCCUGGAGCCGAAAACAGAAGGUGUGCCAAAGGUGAAGCUGCUGUGCGGGGCAGACUUGCUGGAGUCCUUCGGUGUCCCCAAUCUGUGGAAGAGUGAGGACAUCGCCCACAUUGUGGCCGACUACGGGCUCGUCUGCGUUACCCGGGCGGGGAACGACGCCCAGAAGUUCAUCUAUGAGUCCGACGUGCUGUGGAAGCACCGGAGCAACAUUGACCUGGUGAACGAGUGGAUCCCCAACGACAUCUCGUCCACGAAGAUCCGGAGGGCGCUCCGGAGGGGCCAGAGCAUCCGCUACUUGGUGCCGGACCUCGUCCGGGAAUAUAUUGAAAGGCACGAUUUGUACAGCUCGGAGAGCGAAGACAGGAACGUGGGGGUCGUCCUGGCGCCUCUGCAGAGAAACACUGCGGGGGCGCCCCCCUUCCUUCAGGGAUCGGGACGAUCUGCGUGUUAGUGACUGGGGGGGCGGAACUGCAGUCCCGUUUCGUAAGGUAGAAAUUUAGUGAAAACCAGGAGUGCACUAAAGUCCUAUUUUCCCCUUUUAUCAGAAGUAGCUGAGGUGAAUGUUUUUGUUUUUUUGUUUGUUUGUUUUUUGACAGCCAAAGUGGACAGUGAGAGAGAGAGACAGAGAGAAAGGUCUUCCCUUGCCGUUGGUUCACCCUCCAAUGGCCGCCGCGGCCGGCGCACCACACUGAUCCGAUGGCAGGAGCCAGGUGCUUCUCCUGGUCUCCCAUGGGGUGCAGGGCCCAAGCACUUGGGCCAUCCUCCACUGCACUCCCGGGCCAUAGCAGAGAGCUGACCUGGAAGAGGGGCAACCAGGACAGAAUCCGGCGCCCCGACCGGGACUAGAACCAGGUGUGCCUGCGCUGCAAGGCGGAGGAUUAGCCUAGUGAGCCGCGGCUCCGGCAGUGAAUGUUUUCAUGUGGCCUUUACUGUUUAAGACUGUACAAGUCCCCUUUAAAACAAGGACUAGCAGCCCCCUAAAGUCAGGAGGGUUUUCAGUGUAACUACAGACGAGUGGCAUGGAACCCAGCUCUGCUUCCCAGGAGAAGCACAGGCCCUGCCGUGGCGGUGAAGGGAACCGAUGCUGUUAGGUAUUCCUGAAAGACAGAAACACAGAUAGACAGCUCCCAUCCACUGGUUCACUCCACGAGUGCCCACAACGGCAGGGCGAGGCUGUAGCUGAACCAGGAGGCAAGAACCCGAUCCACGUCUCCCACGUGGGUGGCAGGGACCCGUCACCUGAGCCGUCACUGCUGCAUUUCCCUCUGCAUUAGCAGGAGGCCGGAGUCAGGAGCCAGGACUCAGGUCCGGACACACAGGCUUCUUAAGCGUUCGCCCUAGGAAGCGAUUCUUAAGUUGGUGAUCUCGUAAGAUGUGCCGCUGUUGGUCGUCCCGGCUACAAAGUGAAGCUUGCGCCAGCGCUGGCAGACACUACAGCAGUGGUCGGUUCCCUCUGGGACACACCAGGAUGACUGCCUGCCUGGAGCUCCACCCUUGGAGGCAGGGAGUGAGGUCCAAGCCCUGGAAUGUCUGGAAGGACAUUUCUGAUGCCCACCUGAGGUGGACAGCUGCUGCCCAGCACCGCGGUGCUGUGGGUCGGGGUCAGGGCGGGGCUGCUCGAGGUGACGUCACAGACAUCACACUGCCUUGAGUGAGGAAAGCACAGGGCAUGAGCGGUCCCAUUUCAGGAUGGUACAAGUUAGAAUGCUCUUGGUCUUCAUUGAUAGCUUAAAAGUCAAGAUGGGUGGGAAGCCAGAGGACAUGAGGAAGAGCGCGCUGGGCCGGCCCGGUUUCCUGCAGCCCAGAAUUGUGGGAACUGAUGGGUGCCGUGCUCCGUGGAAAGCUCCGGUUCUAGAGCUCCCUGCCUGGCUGCUCCACGCACUGUGCCGCCCCGCGUGGCUCUCAGCGGGGGAGGCUCUGGUGGCCUACGCGGUUUCCUUCCUGUCCUCUUUAGUGACGUUUCCCAAAGCAGAACACUCAGAUAAUGGAAGUCAUAGCUUUCUAUUAAAAACACAAGCUCGUUACAUGACUGGCUGCUGGUUAGACUUGCAUAGAAAUUUGCCACCACACAGUGGUAAAAGAAGAUAAUUCCCUACAGAAUAGUCUUCUAGUUUGCAAAGAUCAUUCUGUGAUAGAAACAGCACUAAAGUUGGGUUUCCAAUGAAAAUAUAACUUUCACCUUUUUGCAAUUUAUAUUUCCCACCUACACCACUGCACUUGAUGCGUUUGUAACUACAGAAGAAAAAGCUCCUUGUAAUUACACAGUUGGAUAAGCGGAUCUGAAUCUAGAAUAUGGUCAAGGAAGACGUUAAAUAAAAUUGACAAAUGUG